AUGCUUAUAAAACAUAAAAUGAGCGAGACAAGAUCCACAUUCGUCCCAGGAAUCACAGGAUACGAUAAAUAUAGCGUACUUUCGAUCUAUAUCCUAUAUACAGUAACAAAAAUAGCUGCAAUCUUGAUACUUCAAGAUACAUAUAGUUCCCGUUGUGUACUGGACCUUACUCAUCGCUCUAUGAAUUAGCCAAAUUUUAUGUUGAAUUUUUUUAAAUUUAAAAAAUCCGAAUUUGCAAAAUUGGCAAGUAAAAUAUAAUUUAAUGUAAAUUGUAAACCAAUCAAUCAAUUAGCUCGAGAUUUCAUUAUAAUGAUUAUCACUCAUAUUUAUAAGUUCACAUAUUAAACAAAUUAUUUGCUCAGCACGAAGGGUUGUUUUUUUCCAAAAAGCAUAGUGAUUUUUCCAAUAGUUUGGCUUUCUCACAGAAAUCAGAAUGAGUUAGCGUAUAUUUAAUUUUAUAUACGACGAUCGAAAUUUUUGACGCAUUUCUAUUAUUAACAAUUUUAAUAAGAAAAUUAUUUCACCUAGAGCAGCCUCCAAAAAUGUUUAUUUUUUCAAUACAACUGAGCAUGGAAACGUAAUGUUUAUGUAGAUUCCGAAUUAUGAUAUUAGUCGUAACCUCUAUUGAUCUAGUCAAAGAAAUGGAUUGCUUACAUGGAGCAAUUGAAAUUCUUGCUGGAAUUUUGGUGUGUAGCGAAAUUAUCAAAGUUUUAUUCCUGAUAAAGCCAGCACACAAUUUUGUGAAUGAAGUGAUGGCAGCUACAUCUUAUGAUUACUUUGAUGACGCAACAAUGCUCCCACAAAUAAAUUUGGACCCAUAUAUCAAAUCUGAUGUAAGUGACAGUUUUUGUACAAUUUGCUUAGACGAUCAAAAAACUGAUGAAAGAAGGGUUGCUUUGCCAUGCAAACAUAAUUUUCAUUAUAUUUGCAUGAACACAUGGGUUACAUUUAAAAAUAGCUGUCCGGUUUGCAGAAGCACAAUAAGUUAA